CUUCCCCACACUUGAUCAAACACUUCGGUGUGAAGCAUCACUAAAACACCGGGAUUAUGCAGCGUCCGGCAACAUCUCCUUGCGGGGAUUUUGGGGUGUACUAGUCCCGCUUGUCUUAAACCAUUCCCUCUACACUAAGGUUACUUGGGACAGUAGUAUCAUCGAUCGCAGAAACAAAAUGCCCAAGCCAGCUACCAUUCCAGCCCUUUCCUACAAUACUGCUCGUGCGAAGAAUACUGAGAGCAGUGAGGAAUUUUAUAACAGGACUGUAUCGCGGUUGCAGAAGCUCCAGUCCCAUCUUGAGUCUGCGCCCCGUGGCUCUCGAUUGAAGGGGAAAGUGUGUAUAAUCACUGGCGUUGGUUCGUUGAAGGGCAUUGGGAGAGCUUCAGCGCUGUUGUUCGCUCAUGAAGGUGCUCAGCAUCUGUACUUGAUUGAUUUUGACGAAACGAAUCUGCCGAAUUUGAAGUCAACUAUCGAGGGCAAAUACCCGGAUGUUAAGGUUACUGCACUGCAAGCCGACGCCUCAGAUGAAGCAGCCAUCGUGGGCGUGUGCAAACAGGCUUUACAGGAAGAGGGACGCCUCGAUGUCUUCUUCGCAAACGCUGGAAUUGCUACGGCUUUACCCAUCGAUUCAGUGACCCCAGAGGCGUUCAUGAAUACUCUGAGGAUAAACACUUUGUCAUGUUUCUUGGCCGUCAAGUACGGCUCUGCGGCCAUGGCCAAAACCAACCCAUCGCGCGGGAAGGAGUAUAGCGGUGGAAGCAUCAUUCUGACCGCAUCAGUUGCCGGAAUACGUUCGGGGGCUGGAUCCGUGGACUAUAGCGCUAGCAAAGCUGCUGUGAAUAGCUUAGCCCAAGUUGCACCAAACCAACUGACGAAGACAGACAUCCGUGUCAAUUCCGUCUGUCCUGGUUUGAUUGAGACAGGAAUGACUUCCAAUACAUUCGACUACGCACGGGCACGCGGUACUGCAGGCAAGCUAGGCCAACUGAACCCCAUGGGUCGUUACGCCGUUCCAGAGGAAAUUGCCAACGUUGCCUUAUUCCUCGCAUCUGAUGACUCCAGUUACGUCAAUGGGCAGAACUGGGCUGUUGACGGCGGGUUGACAAGCACUCUGCCAUUCAUGCCUGGGCGUUGGGCAUGAUUGAGUUCAUAUCGACGAACUGGUGAUAUUGUUUGACAGUUGGGUGUGUGUGUUGCUCGUGUAUCUUUGUAUCAGUAUCAGAUAAAUGAUGUUUGCUGGGAACCAAGCCUGUUGGGUGGAAUGUUAUAUAUUUCGAAAGAAGACCGCUAGCAUGACGUAUACAGUUGCGUCUCCCUGUAUCUGGACGGCGAAUGGAAAUCGGAUAUAUGAUCUGCAGCCUGUCAUCACAAGAAGAUCCGUCGGACGAUGAACUUUCGAAAGCAUAAUUAGCACAUUCAAAGGCAGAGAAUAAGAUUCAUUUUAUUGGUGA